AUGCCGUCACAGAAGGCGACGCUGACAAUAGACCUUCCAAACACUCAUAAUGUUAUAACAUUUAAGCCCCCUAGUACUCCACAAUUUAGCAGGACUACCCCGAACUAUAGGACACAAGAUCCUACAGAAUUGAGGGGAAGCUUAGAAUUGUAUCUUCCUUCAAAAAGACAAGUGAAAUCAAUAAAAGUCAAUUUGAAAAAUGUAGAGGAUAUCAUCAUAAAUGGAAAAUCUAACCGGCGGCUAGUCCUUAAUGAAGAGUUAUUGAUUAGCGUGAAUGAACUUAUGCAUCAGGGUGUACAUCAAUAUGAGUUUUCGUUUAUAGUAGACACCCGUACGCCAACCUAUGAAAGACAUAGUCGUGGUGGUACAUUGCAAUAUUUGGAAGCAUUCGUGGAAUUUGAUGAAAUAUUCUCAAAGUCUUUAAUACAUAAAAUGCCUUUGAUAUUCGUAGGGCAUCCAAAUUCUGAAGGUUCGUUUAUUCCUCUUGAACACUUACAUCAAGAUUAUGUAGAAGACAUUGGACCCUUCGAAGUUAGUUUCAAGACUCAGCAUUUAACAAUCGCCGGUUAUAUUCUCAUAGGCAUUUACCUACCAUCACCCGCGCCAGGAUUAGAGAUACGCGGAGUGAAAGUCUCACUCGAACAACAUACAACCAUACAUGAUGAGGAGAAAGUCAUAGAAAAGCUUCCAGUUAAUGUCAACGUGUUACUCGAUAAAGGUGGCAAGACCGAUUGUCUGAUACGUGUACCAGAUCAAGAUUCUGUUAUUGAAGGUCGCUAUUUUGUCAGAUUGCCAAAGGAUGAUGACUGUAGACCAUCAACACUCGACUGGUCGCUCGCUCGAUUUCGUCAGGCACAUUUCCUGGUUGUCGAUAUGCUCUACAAGAAGGAAAAGCUUAAGAUGGCUACUGUCAAGAUACCACUUGUCCUACCGCAGUGUUUGCUUUCUGCAGAUAGCAUAGCAUUACCAACCUACACUGAUACCGGUUACCCAGUACCUGCUAAACGGCUCUGGGAGAUGCCUUUGCCGCAAUCUCACAUCAAUUGCAGCUGUGGUAAAGAUGAUAAAUCUCUCAAAGCUGACGCUGAGGGCGCAAACAACUUGGAUACUUACGUGCCAUCUAGAGAAGGCAUUUGGAUAUCGAAUCUACGUACUAAAGAGGAAAGCAUACCGUCACGCGAUUCCUACGAGGAGAUUAGGGCAGCAAAACGGGUAAACGAAUACUACUAAUGGAUGGAUUAUAGAUUUUUUCACUGUAGACUUAUUUCAAUGUGUUAUUUAUUUGAGUUAUAAUGUUUGCGUCUGUUUAUACAUAUUAAAGUAAUGUUUCACCUAAUGCAGAACGUAUGAGAGAGCAUCCCACGCUGACUGUCUGUUUGACAGCCUCUUCAUUCUCGAGAGCAGGGUUGACUUCCAUGAGGUCAACAGCAACCAAGAGACCGGUUUCGUGGAGCGCUUCGCAGAUGUAGUGGCCUUCUCUGAAUGUCAAACCACCACGGACAGGGGUACCUGUUGAUGGUGCGACAGAUGGAUCCAUAGCAUCAACAUCGAAACUGAGAUGUACAGGACGGCUACGGUCUGGGUUUACAUGGUCGAGAGCCAUAUCAACGACCUUGCCAAUUCCAUAUUUGUCGACUUCGUGCAUAGAGUAAGCCUUGAUGUUGUGUUCCUUGAGAAGCUUCUUUUCGCCAUCGUCAACGUCUCUGAGACCAAUGUAUACCAAUCUUUCAGGCUUGAGGAGUGGUUUAAUCCAGCUGAACUCUGGAAUGUUGCCAGCAAUACCCAAUAAGAAUGAAAGCUAAAAAGGUGAUAAGAUGAUAUCAAUUGAGAUAUGGCAUACUCACUGGACAUCCGUGUAAAUUACCUGUUUCUGUCGUUUCUGGUGAAUUCAAAUCGGCGUGUGCAUCAACCCAUACAACGCAAGCGUCAGGAUGUGCGCUGAGACUACCAGAAAUGGUACCCAUAGCUAAAGAAUGAUCACCACCGAGGUUAACUACGAGCUUUCCGGCUUUCGCAUGCUUCUCUACCUCCUCGUAUACUUGUCUAGUAGCGUUGCUUACAGUCCGGGGGAAUUUCAAUUUGCCGAUGUCGGUAUCAUUCUCAAGGAUAUCGAAACCUUUGUGAUCUUCUACUGCAUCGACAGUCAAACCUAGGCCUUCAACUUGCUGUGCUAAACCGCUUGAUAUCAAUUGCAAAGGGCCUGUUUCCGUACCGCGUUUAGGUUGGCCGUGACUGAAUGGUGCGUUUACAAACGCUACUUGUGGUUUUACGAAUUUGAAAGCUGUCAUGGUAGAUCACUGUCAAGAUCAAGAUUAUAGAUUAUCGCAGAUAGGCACCUGGUGAUAAGUCUUUCGGUUAUCAGAUGCACAUUUUUUAAAUUCCAGGAACUAUUUUUAGCACCGUCAAGUGAUAUAUUUGUUUACAUG